CAUAGGAGAACCAUUAUUAUACUACGGCCAAUCCCAGGCUGAAUGAACACGUAUUCCCGACUGCUUUUCCCAAAACAGCUCCGUCACCGCCGGUUCUACAAUCAUCACGUCAAGAUGGUACAGCGCGAUAUUAGCAUUCCUAGAGAGGAUUCCAUUCCUCAUGAGGUGCGAACUUCCUCAGAGCCAAGACAGAACAGAUUAUACAAUGCUCGGCUUUCGUGUAUCCACCAAGUCAAUCCAAAUGUCCGGCUACUUCGGUUGACGAUCCCACAGGAUCAGGGCGACGAACUGGAUAAACAACAGCCCUUCACAUUUCUCCCAGGACAAUGGCUGGAUGUGCAUAUCCCCUCCAUUCCCCAGGCUGGCGGAUUUACCAUCACAUCAACGCCAGCCGAUGCGCAGGUCCUACCAUCUCCAGCGCCCCCGACAGAAUCCCUCUCCGUUGAGGAAGAGGGGGUACCACCUGUAGGUCCCCGCGGGAGGGAGCCGUACGUGGAAUUGGCGGUGCAGGAAUCACCGUCCAGCCCUCCGGCUGCGUGGCUCUGGAGGCCCAAGGAGGAAAUUCUGGGAAAGCAGCUGAGUAUCCGCGUCGGAGGUAGUUUUGUCUGGCCUCCAUCCGGGAUCGAUCUGGGACAGAUUACGAAUAUUGUAUUCGUUGCUGGGGGUGUCGGGAUCAAUCCCCUGAUCUCUAUUCUGUCCCAUCUGAAUGACAACGACCCAUCCUCCACCCUCCCACACCAAUCAAACAUCCACUUUCUCUACUCGACUCGCCUUUCCCAGGUUCCAACCACACAUAAAACCGCUUCAUCUGGGACUGUUGAAACCACUCUGAACCAGAUCCUCUUCCUGCCCCGUCUCCGUCAGAUCGCCCAGUCAUUAUCUCAGUCGGGACGUCUCCGGGUCUCUCUGGACCUGUUCAUCACUAACUUAUCACCUCGGUCAACGGAACACCCGGUUAGUGCUCUGUUGGAAUCACCACCGACGGAUUUUGGCAUCCAUCCACGGAGGAUGCACAAGCAGGAUCUUCGGGAUGCUGUUUCUGUUUCCAGGCUGGAUAGGGGCAAGCAAUCAACGGUAUGCUAUGUGUGCGGACCGCCGAAUAUGACCGAUGAAGUUGUGGGUGUGUUGAAUGAAAUGCUUGGGGACGAUGAUGAUGCGAGGAGUCGUAUACUUUAUGAGAAGUGGUGGUGA